AUGAAAGACCAUAGUAUUAGGAUGAUUUCCUUAAAUAUAAGAUCGCUAAGUGACAAACUCACAAUUCUUAGGCAAACUAUAAACGAUCAACGAUACGACAUCCUCCUUCUACAAGAAACUCACUUGAAAGAAACGGAAAAAAUUCACCUUUUCAAUAUUUAUUCACCACAUAAUAAUAAAGUUUUUUACAUAGAGCUGGAAAAUAUCUUAAAAGAACUACCUCAUCAAGAUAGUAUCAUAUUAGCUGGCGAUUUCAAUGCCUCGGUUGGGAAGCCUAACAAUUCUACCUGCCUCGGGAACGCCACUCUAGUACAAAGUACGAACACUAAUGGCAAAAAACUAAUAGAAAUCUGUGAACACUUCAAUUUGAAAAUAGGAAAUACCUUCUUCAAUCAUCCUAACCAUCACACCAUGACCUACAAAAGCCCAUCUUUUGGCACUACCUCACAAAUUGAUUUCUUUGUAAUUUCCAACAAUAUAUUUAAGUGGGUGAAGGACAUCAAAGUCAUCAGCAAACUGAACUUCACCUUAUUUACGGACCAUUACCCACUAGGAUGCGAGCUAAGGAUAAAAAAUACCAUUUUUCCAAACCGAAAUCAACAUAGCCCAUCUUAA